GACACUGCGUGGCUGCACCGAGAAGCUUUUCAGAAACAGUUUGAGUGUUAGAGAGAAAACCAAGUGGAAUUUAUCACCUCUUGCAUAAUAAUACACACAGAGUCAUCACACGUAAGGUCUUCAACGACGCACCCCGGUGAGGGGGGAGAGGACCGCGGGGACCGAAGCUGUCACUAAUCCGCUGCUUGAGCCUAACAUCCGGACUGACCACAACACCAGGGGGGGACCAGACUCUCCUGUCCCUAUGAGCAGGAGCUCUUUCUGCAGCUUCAGAUCAAUCUCACAUGCAUGACAACUUUGAAAACUUAUGCACAAGCCAUUCCACUUUGGAUACCCAGGAGUUUGUUUUUUUUGGAACACUUUUUACGCACGUUUUACGCAGCGUCCUGAGACUGACUGUGUGUGGGGAAACUUUCACACCGGGCCACGCUGCAGUGACUCCCAGCCCCCCUCGCUAUACCUGGGACUCGAGAUCAAGUUGUCAAACAGCUACGAGGCGAAGAAGGAUGCUGGGAAAAUAUUUCUAAACACGCCGAAACCUUUUACGUGUGACUCGAUUCGAACAGAAGCGAGGACAGUAAAUCAGCAGGAGGCAAAGUGGUCUGCUGAGGUGAAGCGAGGACAAGACAGGUUGGUGUCUCCAAAUUCAGCGGGCUCGAGUUUCAGCCGCCCCGGGGGCUCCUGGUAUUAAAGCGUGCAUUUGACCUGGGAUAAGUUGUCAACAAGAGCUGCGCGCGGAGGCAAACUGGCAGGUGUACAAGUUCAUUUACAUGCAUACGUAUAUUCACGCCACUAUAUAUAGAAGUUGUCUUAGAGGCGAGCAGCCUUAAUAAGUUUGUGCACCCACCCCUCAGCCUGCAGCAGCCCCACGCACCCCGCGUGUGUGUGUCUAUAUAUAUAGCAUACGGGCUUUUAUUCCUCCUCGCAAUCUGUAUCCCAGAGGGCUGCCCGCCGUCGGUUUGGCUGUUAGGGCAGGAGUCGUCGCAUGGACUGACAUGGCAACCGACCUCGCCAUGAGCGCAGAGCUGCCGAACAGCCCUUUGGCCAUCGAGUACGUCAACGACUUUGACCUGAUGAAGUUUGAGGUAAAGAAGGAGCCACCGGAGGCCGACCGCUACUGCCACCGCCUCCCGUCCGGAUCUCUGUCCUCCACCCCGAUCAGCACACCCUGCUCCUCCGUGCCUUCCUCCCCGAGCUUCUGUGCACCGAGCCCGGGCGCGCAGCCCAACCAGAGCCUGACCAGCGGGGUCAACAGCAGCGGCAGCAGCAACAACAGCAGCGGCAACAACAAUCACAGCAACGCGGGCAAGCCUCAGCUGGAGGACCUGUACUGGAUCCCCAGCUACCAGCACCACAUCAACCCGGAGGCGCUCAACCUGACCCCGGAGGACGCGGUGGAGGCCCUCAUCGGGAACGCGCACCACCACCACCACCACCACCAGGCCUACGAGGGCUUCCGCGGGCAGCAGUAUGCAGGGGAGGAUCUGUCCGCGGCCUCGGCGGCCCACCACCACCAGGGCCACCACCACCACCAUCACCACCAUCACGGCCACCACGCCCGCCUGGAGGACCGCUUCUCGGACGACCAGCUGGUGAGCAUGACGGUGCGGGAGCUGAACCGGCAGCUGCGGGGCUUCAGCAAGGAGGAGGUGAUCCGCUUAAAGCAGAAGAGGCGCACCCUGAAGAACCGGGGCUACGCGCAGUCCUGCCGCUUCAAGCGCGUCCAGCAGAGGCACAUGCUGGAGACCGAGAAGUGCACCCUGCAGAGCCAGGUGGAGCAGCUGAAGCAGGACGUGGCGCGCCUCGCCAAGGAGAGGGAUCUUUACAAGGAGAAGUACGAGAAACUGGCCAGCCGGACCUACAACGCGGGAACGAACACGAGAGACCCGUCCGGGAAACAGGCCAACACCGAGUUCUUCAUGUGAGAGACUGAAGCAUAGACUCUGAGUCACACCCCACAUACACAUCCGUGUUACAUUAAUUUAUAUUUUGUUUACAGUUAUUCCCUCGACAGAGAAGACUUAAAAACACAACAACAAAACAUUUACGCAUUUUUUAGAUGCGCGCAGAAGUAGUUUCUUCUGCGCAGUUUGAGUCUUAAAGAUGUUUUUUGGCUGUCAGGUGAGCACAUGGGAUCACUUAACCUAUAGACUUGUUUUCUCUGGUGCAACAGAACCCGGUCAGUCUUACUGAAGCACUCUGACACUGAUCAUGACUUUGAUGAUUUUGUCUUAACACGCGGAGGUUCAUUUUUAGAAACUCAGAUUGGACUGAAACAGAAUUUAAAAAAAGCAAUACACCGCCUCUCUCUUUUUGUGGCUCCAGGAAGCUCAUCAGACUGUUUGUGUGUGAAAGCGAGGCGGUCUGCAGAGAAGAGACAUUUUUCAAUAUUGCAAGUCUAUAGUUUCCCAUCCCUGCAUGCAGGACAUGUAUGGAAACCUCCGAGUCAUCUCCCACGACCCUCCCACAUGUAUGGAAAGCAUGGCCCAUGGUUCUCUCCUCCUCGAGAUGCUUCUCCUCCCUCAUCCUCUGCCAUCAGUAAGGCCUGGGUAUGCAAAUAAAAGCCACAAAAUGUUUAUCCCCCCCUCCCCUCCCUCAACCCCCUGAGAGGUGCAAAGACUGCGGACUAAAACCUGCAAAACAA